CUGCAAAACCGGGAAUAUUCUAAAAUCUAAAAAAUAUGCUGGCUUUAACAAUAAUGUCGUAAGCAGAGCUUAAUGUGUUUUAUUAAUUAAUUCCUUGAAAUGUCCUUUAAUAUAAAUAUUAUUAUAUAUACUUAUUAGGUAAUCUAAAUCGUAGGCACGCCCGAGAUCAAAGCCCUCGUAGAGGGGUUGGCCUGGACGGGAGGGUGGGUAAAACUUAGAGUCAGCUGUAGGCUGUGGCCUGUUUGACUGUUGACUGGUCUCACUUCAGUAUCCGGACAUUUUUUGCUUUACUUGAUUGCAAACCUAUAGCUAACUAAUAAUAUGUAAAACAAUUGGUAGUUGCAGAAAGGGUAAUUCACAUUAUCAUAUUGCUUAUCUUCUCAAAACCAGUUUGCACAAUUGUCCUUAAACAUGACGACGAUCGUAAGUGAGCUUAGCAUGCACGAUUUAAAUAACAAGUUCUUCGAGAUCAUGCAAAAUGAAAGCAACGCAGAAGAUGCGGCAAAUUUUAUUUACGAUAGUGUUUACGAAGAUGUCGCAUUAGGGUUUCUUUUCGAGUUCCACCAUGGUUUAAAGACUGGACUGACGGAUUUGAUAGAAGGGGAAAAGGAAGAAGACGAAAGCUGUAAAAUUGUCGUUUCACCCGAAUGUGAUGUUUUCGGUUUUUCUGUGUUGAAGAAAACUCCUGAUUCUAACUGUUCUUGUCCUAAUUGCGAGCGGCCAGUAUCUGCUACUCGUUUUGCACCACAUCUAGAGAAAUGCAUGGGAAUGGGAAGGAACAGUUCUCGAAUAGCAUCUAGACGUAUUGCAUCAAAUAGUCGUGAACCAACAUCAUAUGCUGGACUCUUAAGUGAUGAUGAGGAUGAUGCUGAUUGGUCAGGCAGCUCCAUGCAAAGUGAACGACGAAAACGCAGAAUCAGAAAUAACAACAAUCGCAAGUCUAAUAAAAUGCAUAAUGGUAACAGGAACAAUAAUGGAAAUCACAAUUCAGAUUCCAAUGAUGGUGCCACCUAUGAGACAAUGAGUGCAAAUGAAAAGAAAAAUUUGCUGCAACAAAUCUGUGGUGUUGUUUCUGAACACACAAAGAAACUCUGUAUUAGAUCAACUCGUUGCCCACAACACACUGAAGAACAGAGGAGAGCCCUUAGAAAUAGUGUUUUGGAACCAUCCACUCCGGAAUCUCAACCAAUACUGACAGCUGAUGAUGCAGGAUCACCUCCAGAUUCCAGUCCGUCAUCUUCCUGCUCCUCUUCCAGCAGGAAACGAGAUAGGCAUCGCGCCUUGAAGAAUAAGAGUAAGAGAAAGAGAAAUUUAUCUCCUAGUGGCAGGGAUUAAGUUUAUUGUAUUAAAAUGUAUUGAUUGACGGUCGACAUGGCUUAUAUUAUGCGAUACUGAUAUACAUACCAUUUGUAAAUCAUGAAAUAUUCAUAUUAUUUUGUGAUAAGUUCUGAGCUUAUUAUUAGAUUAUAUAUAAUAGACUUGACAAUUGGGACAAAUAGAUAUUUAACUAAAUUAUGAUUUUUUGUUUGUAUUCCUAAAAGCCACAUUUUUCUAAAAAUGUAAAUUACAAUAAAUAAGCGAUUAAAACAGAAUCAAAGAAUGUCAAAAUGAAAAAUUUAUCUUUUAUCAAUCAUUAUGUCAUUGAUAAUUUGUAUAUUUCUUGUCUCUGACCCUCAUGGUCCUCCUUUCACUAUGGGACAUUGGUAAAAUCUAUUUGCUUUCCUUUCAUUUGCCAUCAAGCUUUUUCAUGGAAGAUCUAAUUUAGUGAUAGGACAUACAGCAAUAAAUUUAGCUUAUGUUUCACGACUCAGUUUUUUAUCAA